UCUAUCGUCAUCUUUCCGCGACUCGGGUUUACGAAAAGAGACGAGGCCCUUCGGCAGUCGAAGGAGUAGGGGAAGCUGUCAUAGGUGGUGCCUAUCUUUUCAUCCCCGGUCGUCAUGUCCUUGGGGUCGGUACUCCGUGGAGUUCGGAGUCGCCCGGGGCUUAGUGCUCUGAGAGCGGCAAAGCUUCAUAUUACUCCUAGUUGGAACCUGGAGUAUGGCUGGACGGCCUAUGUUUUGGGAGAGAGAACGACUAAGAGGUUCAAUGAAUUCAGCAAAGUUUUCACAGUGGAUGGCAACUUGCGCAGUGGCAAGGGCAAACUGGCACAGCACAUAGCAGAAAAGCUAAAUAUGCGAUACUUUCCAGAAGCAGAUGUUCAUUAUUUAGACAGAGUCACAGGAGAUGGAUCAAUUCUGGAUUCAAAAUUCAGUGGCAAUUGUAGCCUGGAGACGUUUUACAAUGAUCCUAAACAUCCAAAUGGAAAUUCAUACCGCCUUCAAGCCUGGCUGUACAGUAACCGCCUUUUGCAGUAUGGUGAUGCGCUGGAACACCUUCUGGCUACAGGGCAAGGAGUAGUGCUGGAACGCUCCCCGUACAGUGACUUUGUAUUCUUGGAUGCAAUGUUUAAGCAAGGCUACAUUCACAAAAGGUGUGUGGAACACUACGGAAAGAUCAAGCACCUGAGCAUUUGUGAGGUCUUGCCUCCUCACCUGGUCAUUUAUAUCGAUGUACCUGUCCCAGAAGUGAUGAAGAGGAUUGAAGAGAAAGGAAAGCCAUAUGAAAAGAAGGUAUCAUCUGCUUAUAUUCAGAGCAUUGAAGACUGCUAUAAGAAAACUUUCCUGCCAGAAAUAAGUGAGACCUCUGAGGUUUUGCAGUAUACACCUAGUGAGGCUGAAGAAGUGGAUAAAGUCAUUGAAGAUAUUGAGGCCCUGGACUUCAAUAAGGGACCUUGGCUAGAGCAAGAUGACGUUACUUUUCAUCAUUUGAGGAAACUUGUCCAGGACAAGAUGGCAUUGGUCCGUCCGACGAGCGUUCCAAUAUACAUCCCUGAAAUCACGAUAGGAGGCCACGAGCUUGACAAAGUGUAUUACCAAUACAGGGACCUUCCAGGCCGCAAGUAUGAUGUUGGUUUUAAUGCUGAUGUCGGAGACAAGUGGAUUUGGCUGAAAUAAAACUCUCUGGGAGAAGUGGAAACAUUCAGUUGACCACUGAAUGGCGAUGACGACAAUGACAGUGGUAAUGAUGAUGAAGCUCCUAUUAAUCAUCCAGCUCAUUCCACCUCCGCAGGGUGCCUGAAGCACAAGAAGAUACCACUGUAUAGGAUGACCUUGUUGCAGGAAGUGCAUCCUCCCCAAGGCUGUUCUGAAAUGUAUCUCACUACAAAGACUUAAGUCAUUAGUGUGACAGGUAGGCUUGGUGAUAUAAAAUAGGACCCCAUCAUCAAAACUGUAGCUUAAUGUGUCCUAAGAGCUUGGCUGGAUGUAAGUAAAAUAAAAUCCUU